AUGGGCAGCAAGCGUAAGAAGUCUGACAGCCAGGAGCAUGAAAAGACUGCCUCUAAGCAAAAGGCUGCGGGAAAGCGCCGACGGGAGUCCAAGUCACCAGAGAGAGACUUUGAAAUACUAGAAAUGAAGAGAAAGAAGAAGAACGAGAAGCGUCAAAAAUAUUCUGAACUCGAGAUCGAAGCUAUCACGAUUAUUCCGACGGCAACGGAGGUCCCACGUGUAGUCGAAGUAGAAUUUGAUAAACAUGGCGAAUUGAUUUGGGACCCUGAGAAGACUUAUAUCGGAGAGAGAAAAGCCCCAAAGGGACGACGAAAAAGACCAGCCAGACGAGAAAGAUAUAAAGCGCCGGAAGGCAAGCCUAUUCUGAGUAGACGAAAUAUACCUACAGAAUGGAAAUGGAAUGAGUGGGAUCUUGAUCUUGAUCGCAAUGACAUUGAGGGCCAAAUUCAACGAUGCAAAGAAAGAAUUGAAGAUGGAAUUCUACCAUUCAUUUUCAAGGACAGAUUAAGCGAAUUUGAGGUAAAGAAACACGCAAAAGACCAAAUUAUGGCGAAGCACCCUGGUCAUACCUUUGAAGUGGCGCAGUGCCUGGAGAAUCUGCUCUUCAUAGAGGAGUCACUACAGAAGAAAGACUCGGAUGAGUACAAGCAGCUUCCAAAUGUACGAGCUCUCAUAAAGGCCUACAAGUCAAAAGCCCUGGAUUGGAAUCAGGGACUAGUCACGUACUGGUCCCACGGAAGGCAACUUUGUCAGCCACGACCCCUUAGUUGGAAGGAAUUUUACGCGGUAAACAGAAUGCAUGACGGAUGGGAGAGCUUCUGGGUCGAAGGGCUCAAUGGGCCGGGUCCAUCAAAGAAAUUCGUCAAGAUGAAGACAGAAUUGGCGAAUGCCAAUCUAAGCGAUUUCAAUCGUUUUGUAAGCAUCAGCUUGAGAAUACCUCUAUGCGAGGGAGCCGAGAUUCCAUACGAUUUUAUAGACGACACGGGCAGUGAUAUGGCGUGUGUAUUCAGAAAUAACGUUUUAUCUUUAGCUCAAGCUGCUCUCGCAGUCCCAAAUUCUGGAUAUGCCGGCGGCGUGCAUACGGCGACUCGGAGUUCAGCACGUGUUCCUCUGCCUCCAAUUGUAGGAGUAGUAACAAUUUUAUGUGCUUUGGGAACGCAAACAGUUGAAAAUGUAAUCCUGCUAGAGGCUAAUGCGAAGGAUGAUAAUGAUGAAUAUAUCAUGCCUCAUUGGAGUCCUAUACAAGUUGGAGUUAUGCCUGAUCGUGGUCCUGGAGAUCCUGAAUUACACAGGCUUUCUGGUCCGUGGUGUAGGUCCCAGCUGUUUAUGACUACAAUUCCGGAUAAUUCCAAUACGACGUAUUAUUUUGAUCAUAAGACGGCCUUUGGGGAUAUAGAUAUGGAUCAUAUUAAAGAUCCUAGUUUUCGAGAGCAUCUUCAGGAAUUGCCUUUGGCAUCUCCGCCGGCGGAUCCAUGGAAUUCAUUACAACUUGAACGUUGA